UGGGUUCCCAGCUGUUGCCAUUCUUCAGCUGAAGACAGACAGAGGGGGAAGUAGAUUAUAAACAUAAGCCUUUUUUCUAAGAAAAAAAAGCAGUGAAAAAACAAAAAGCAAGACAACCCGUGUUGUGGGGAGGGGGAAGACGCGAAGUGAUAGGUACAAAUAAUAGGAGUGUUUAAUUUUAUCUUUUAAGGUUCGCUGAGGUAUACGCCUGUCCUCUGGCCGGCCCCACUCCAGCCCCACCCCCCCCUUCUUUCCCCUACUCCCCCACCACCGGUCUUUGAGGCCAGUGGCCUUGUCUCCUCUUCCCCGCCCCCGCCGCCCCGGUGUCCAGUGUGUGGAACCCCGCCACACCGCCCGCCCGCCGCACCACGGCCUUCACCUGCGUCUUCCAGUGUUUCCCGUGUGAACCGACCUGCCUCGGCGCGUCGUGGAGCAGCCCGGAGUUCGCGCUGCGUCCGGUGGCCCCCAUGGUGAAGAUGACGCGAUCCAAGACUUUCCAGGCCUACCUGCCGAGCUGCCACAGGACCUACAGCUGCAUCCACUGUCGAGCCCACCUCGCCAACCACGACGAGCUCAUUUCCAAGUCUUUUCAAGGGAGCCAAGGUCGUGCUUACCUGUUCAACUCAGUAGUUAAUGUGGGCUGUGGACCAGCGGAGGAGCGGGUUUUACUUACUGGCCUGCAUGCAGUGGCUGACAUUUACUGCGAAAACUGCAAAACCACACUGGGCUGGAAAUAUGAACACGCCUUUGAGAGCAGUCAGAAGUACAAAGAAGGAAAGUACAUUAUAGAACUUGCGCAUAUGAUUAAGGACAAUGGCUGGGAGUGAACACAAAGUCCCGCUGGAGCUGAUCACUGGGCUGUUUAUCCUGGAAAAAGAGGAGUAACUGAAGGCUUUGGUUGUACAUGUUGUGGGGGGAAGCUGAGCUGCUGAUGCUCCACCUCCCAGCCACCCUCCUCUGCAUUUCUCUUCCUUUUGUCAUUUAUCUUCUGUUGUCUUUUUGUUUCACCUCCUGCAAUCAGACAUCUCCUGGCUCCUGCUCUCCACCAUUGUCGUUGCGGCUGAACUACUGCACCAAAGCUCGGGGAUAUUGAAUAUGCUUUAUUUAUUGAAAUUUCCCUUCCAUCGGUUAACCUGACCAACUGUCCUAGUGACGUGAUGCUUACUGGAGAAUAGUGUCGUUCAGGAUGAUAGGGAGGUGAAAGGGGGCAACUCGUGGUGUUUCAGAGUAAAUGCAGGUGGAAAGUUCAAAGCCGGUGCAUCCUCGUGUCUCCGUGCCCCAUCUGUUUGGCUGGUCAAGAGGCAGACUGUCACCCCAAACAGGUACCUGCAACCCAGUCAGCCAUUUGGCUGAUGGAAGGAUAGAGACACUUCCCUUCACGAGCAGGCAGGGCCUGCAGGUGAUGCAUGUUCCCUUCCCAGAGGAAGGAAAUCGGCCUCUUACCAGCUUGCCCACUGUGAGCCAAUGUCCAGCCCUACCCUGACAUCUGGUGUGACCCACACAGGUGGCUUUGCAUUCAGUUCGGAUGCAGUCUGCACUGAGAGUGGGUGAGGCUUCUCCUGCCCCCUUCAUCCCAGUUUCCUUGAUUGCUCCCAGCUGCCUCAUUGUCACAUUAUUUUAAAAAUAUCACUCCAAUGAGCUGCACCAAUCCAACUGAAAAGCUGUUAGGUUCUCUGGAAGCUUGUCUGUGCGAAAGGGUGCCUUCCCAACGAAGCUGGUGGUGAAUUAUUGGUUUCUCCAGGGUACUCCAUUCCCUGCAGUGGCCCCAGUCAGACAAAGAAUAACUGGAACUGCAGCUUCUCGUCACCUGAAUCUAUUUCAACAGGAUCCUUUCAAAUGAUGAUGAUUCAAGGUGCCUGGAAAUGGGUCUGUUUUGAGAGGGAGUGAUGGAUCAGCUCAUUGUAGCUCAGCAUUAACCUUUGUGGGCCUGUUGCCAGUGUUUUCGUUUGCAGACAAGAGACGGGCAAAGAGAGAAUGAGCGACGAAUGGCAGAAAUGGUGUCCCUUUGGUAGCCUGCCAGGGCACAUUGGGAAAAUGCGGAUUACAGACCAGGCAGAGUGAACAGUAUCACUUUGAGUCUGUGAGGUAAGGUGAGGACAAAGCCUCCUGCCGACUGACGUUGGGUUUGGGGACUGGAGGGCUGAGGGUUACCCAAACCCACAAAACACAGCUCCCCAGCUGAGACUUCAUUUCUAAAGCUGUCAGCAACGCAGAAGCAAUCCUAGUUUCCAGGGUGGUCAUGUGAGUGACAAAUGACAAAACUGGUUCCACCUAAUUACUCAAUAGCAGGGAGGGAGGAAGAAGAUAUGUUUUUCAGACAUGGUUAUGGUCUGUGGGGUCAAUAGGAGGAGGAGGAGGGUGUUCCAUCAGUGAGUGGGAAAUACUGUAAAAAUGUCACUGACUGCUGUUUACCAAUCUCAAGUUGUACAUAGCUCUUGUUAGACCCUAUUUAGAAAAGGGGACUCAUUUCCAGACACUGCACCCUCAGAAAGAAGGUAUUUAGAGUCAUAGAGUCAUACAGCAUAGAAGCAGACCUUUUAGUCCAUGUCGUCCAUGCUGACCAGGAUUCCUAAACUGAAUUAGUCUCUCAUUUGCCUGCGUUUUAUAUUGGAGGAGGUGCAGCAGAGUUUCAUUAAUAAGACCCAGGGCCUGAAAGAGUCAAAUUAUAAGGGACAAUUACUCAGACUCGCAUCCCUUCGUACGUAUAAGAUUAAAGAGUGAUCUAAUUUAGAUAUUAGGAUGAUUAACGGGUAGGUAGAUAGAGACUAUAUUACCUGGUAAGGGAAGUUCAGAACAAGGGGCAACACUUUAGCAACUUGAAGGUAGACCAUUCAGGAAAGGAAUGCUGUUGUGAAGGCCUUCAAGGGGUCUUGGAAUUCUGGAACUCUGCACAAAAGUGCUGUGAGGAUCAAGUGAAAAUUUCACACUGAGCUUUAUAGAGUUAUUUUCCUCUCAGGCAAUAGUGUCCGGUAAUGUUGGAUUAGGGCAGGUAGAUGAAUUAAACAAAUUGGCUGUGAUCUAAGUGAAUAAUGGAAUGAACUCAAGGGGCUGAAUGGCCUCCUUCUGUUCCUAUUUGCCUACUUGACACAUUAGUAACCAGACGUGACAUGUUUCCAUUGCUGUGUGCCCAGAGGCUGGGACAGGAGGGAGCUCUGAACCUCAUGAUGGAACCUUUUAUUUUGAUUCAGUAAAGUCUGAUACAUAUUCGGGAAUGAUCUUGGGUCAGCUCAGCAGGUUGCCUCCAGCCUUUAAACUAACCCCCAGUCCUCCCAGCCCCUGUUUCUGGGGUAAGCAUAUUUGCAUCCUGCUGGCUGUUACAAAGCGCCCAUGCACCACAUUUUUCGACAAGUCACACUUUUCAGCUUUCUUCAAUUCUCUAUUUUUGCAGCGAUACAGAGGCUGCAGCAACUUUCUACAACAUACGCCCAGAGUGUAACCAAAACAUAGGGUUGGGUAUCGCUGCUGAAAUCCCUGGCACCAGCAAGCAGACCACUGGGCUUCUGUGAGUCAACAGGGCAGCCAGUCAAACAAAUGUGUUCAAAUAUCGACCAAAGCAUCUCUCUACUUGCACAGUUUCAUGAGUCAGGCAGUAAGUCCAGCCAUAGUUAUCAGCCGUGAACUGCCACUGGAUGUGUUUAAUUGGUGCAGAGAUCUCCCUUUUAUGUGUUAGUCGUGUGGUUAAUCUGAAGCCUUCAUCUAACGUAUCUAAUGUUUGGAGUUUGGCUUCUGAAAAAAGCUACAUCCAAACACAAGUCCACUUUAGAAGGACAACUCCUGUUGUCUGAUCAUUUUGUGGGACUUUCUCAAAUCUUGCUGGUCGUUGGAUUGUGAAGACUUCACAUGGAUUCCUCCAGUAUCCCAGCGAUAACACUGUCGCCCAAGGCUCACAGGGUAUCAUAAAUAUCGUUGUCCAAAAAUGCCUUUUGGUCCCCACUCAAGACAGGCCUGCUGCGAAUAAGAUCCUGGAGGAGAAGGACCAAAUGCACCAGCGUGGCUGACCAACACGGUCUGUGUAGAUGCUUGUAGAGAGAGAGUAAAUAGGACUUUGCAUUACGGGUUAGUGGCUAUAUCGUGAACACGGCUGACUUGUUACCAUGGGUUUGUGCCCUCCCUCGCAUGGAAUAUAAUAUGUCCAAAGCAAUGUCACAGAGCCUUUCGGUUGGGUGGUCUGUUGUACCUCCAACAAGCCCUUUGGUUCAAGCAGCCAAUUAGCCUUUGUUUUGUCGCGGCCAAAGCUAGCUUCUAAUUGGAUUCCGCUUUGAUUUGAAGUAAUCAUUGGCGACCACUGCCAAUUCCCUGAUAAGUCAUAUUGCCUCUUGCGAUUGGCUAAAAGAUGUACACUUCGCUAGAUCAUCUCCUUAAGUGAUAAUGUACUGUUCCCCUAUUUAAACAACAAAUUGGUAAUAUAUACAGAAUUUGUCUUAUAUUGUGUACUCUUGUAAAUAUUCGUAUUUAAAAGAAUUUUUUUAUAAUAUAUGUAUUCAACAAA